CCCCCAACUUCGACCUGCUCCGAUGAUUUCCGUUUUCUCGCUCGUGUUGAAUUUUGAAUGGUUGUCGAGAUCGAUCCUUUGUUUGCUUUUCCCUCGCUGGUUAAUGUAUGAUUGUGUAGAAGAGUUGGAUUUCAUGCCUGCAUUUGAGUGCAUUGACUAGUUGUGGCAACGAGAAGGCCAUAGCCAUUCUAGUCGAGCUGUGACUUGGUUUUUGUUGGCGUCCCUGUUAGUUUUAGGGGAGUCGAGGUGGAUAUGUUGUUCCCGGAAAACUGGAUCGGAGUGGUGCUUGGUCGAAAGCGAACCCUUUAUGUCAGUAAUGAGGAAAUAUCGCCAAAAUUGCGUCUCGAUAGUCUUUAAAGGAAAGUUUUUGGAGCUGAGUUAUGUGUUUGUAGAGACUAGAGUUCGGAUGUUUGAUUGUUUUGUAUAUGGGUAACACGGUACCUGAGGAUAUGGUUGUUUAUCUCUUGUUCUUGGUUGAUUAUUUUGGAUAAUUACAUCGGCAAAAUAAGUCCGUGCAUGUGCGGAGGGAUAAUGAGUAUGUAAAGUCAACUUGAUCGAACGCAUGAUUAGGGUUGAUGGAUAUCGGCUUCCGUUUCGUGUCUCAUUCCUUCCAUCCUGUUGCUUUUGGUAAAUUGAAGUCUUGCCACUCUUAAUAGUUUUACGUGACUAAUUCUUCUUCAACAAAAUGAGGUUUAUGUUUUAUGUUAAUUAACCGUUUGGAGUUAUUUGAUAUGAGUCAAACUGCCCUUUGUGAGGUUUCGCUUUCUUUCCUGAUCACUAGAAGAUUAUGAACUAGUAAUGUAUCAAUUUUGCUCCUAUGCAAAAAGACUUAAGAGGGGGAGCCACCCAUAUACCAAAUUAAGAACAAAAAACUGUCUCUAUCAUUUCUGACAAGCUCACAGUACGAUAGUUUGCUUUCUGACUAUACCAAAUUUGAAGAGUGUAUCGCCACUUCUUUCUGAAAGAAUCCCAACAGUAUUCAGUUCCUUUGAAUGCCCUUGUUUUUUUCCUUCCAAAAUUUAUGUUCAACAACUUCUAUCUAUUAUAUCUAUUCCUUAACAUUUUCUGCCUGAAGACAUUGUCUCUUUUGUGUUGAAGGAAAUAAUGGAUUAUCCAAUUUUCUGGUCAUUUAAUUGUGUGAAGCCGAAAAGUUGCUAUCCUGUUCUGUUAGCUUGUACAUCUAGAUCUGUGAAAUCUUCAUUGUGUGUCAUUGUGAGUUGCUCAUGAUGAAAAAAUUGAUAUCUAUCAUUCAGUAGUUGACAAAUUAUGAAGCAUGAAUUAUCAUUUGUAGUGAUUAUACCUAUAUUUUCUAUUUUCUCCCCUUGCGUUAUUCAGGAAAUCAAGUUAUACAUGGUCUUUUUUGUUGCUAUUUCACACACUUGAAGUGCUGCAUUGUCCAAGAUUAAUGAAACAAAUUGAAUUCUUAUAACGCAUAAUCAAUUAAGAACAUUUAUAUGACCAGAAAAUAAUAUAUGUAAGGCCACAAAAUAUCUUAAGACAUGAGGAAUUAAAGUACACACCAUGAAAACUGAAUAUUUUUUUUUUGUUUGAUGCGUAAAAGUCAAACAAAAAUAAUUUUCUUUUCACAAAACAAGAGGACGAGAUUUGCCUCUAUGUUUUCAUGUGACUUCUUCUGUCCACGUAACUUUAACCUCUUUUUCUUGAAUCAAUUUGUUUUAAGACGGUUUUAACUAAUUGAAUGAGUUUAUUUGGCAGUGGGGAGAAGCUAUCUUCAUUAGAUAAAGACUAGAAUUUGGGCAUAAAUCUUCAUAGAAGAUUUUCCAUAUUGCUUUUGACUGGGGUUUACCUAAGGUUGAACAUUGGUUUGGGCAUUAAGGCCAAUCAAUGCUCAUGGCAGAGACUUCUAGAAGCGUUUUGAAAUAUUUUCAAUGACAAUAAUAUAGUGGGCGGGAUUCCUACUUUUAGUUGGAUUGCGUAUGCAUAUCAUCGGAUAGCAAUUCUUUAGAGCUUAUUGAUAUUCCAUCAAUUUAUGCUGUCAUGAAUGAGCUAUUGAUUGUGCCUUAUCUUAUUUAACAUAAUGGUCAAUUCAAUUGGAGAUAUUAGCUGUAAUUCUUAUCUCCGGUCAAACUAGGGUUUGAGGAGGCUAACUUUGAAGCGUUGCCUUUGCCGUAAAAGAAAAUAAUCUAGUCAAUAUAAAGCAGCUUACAUAAGGCAUAAAUAUUUAACAGUGAUCACGUCUCUUCAGAAAUCUAGUGUCUAAUCAUUCAUCAAUUGAUAAGUGAUCGAUCGACCAUCAAUCAGUGCUUGAAGUAUAACUAUCUAUAGUCCUUGUGAUGUAGAUAAAUCAUAGAUUGUUGUCCUCCCUCCCCAGAUAAGUGCUAUGUAAAGCUCUUCCAAACAUUAAUACCUUACUAUUCCUUUUGCCGCCGACCUCUCUAAAUGGAAAACACUUUGCAAUACUCUAGAUAUGGCCUUAAAUCCUGGCAUUUUGUAGCAAUGAAAUUCUUUCCGUUAAAUUGCAAAAUAUGUAGAUCUCACAUUCAAAGAUCGAAAGAAUUUGAAUUACCAUGAGAAGAGAAAUUAAUUAAGUUGCUUGAAAUUGGAGAAUCUCAUUUGAACUUGCUCGCACCCCCCCUAUAAACGCACUUGUACACCUUGGGUUUCAAAGCACGAGAAAAGAGAGAAUUGAACAAACCAUUGACCAUGGCAAGAAGAAAGGUUAAGCUUGCUUUCAUACAAAACGAUACUUCUAGGAAAGCUAGCCUCAAGAAGAGGAGGCAAGGGCUGAUGAAAAAAGUGAGUGAGUUGAGCACUCUCUGCGAUGUGAACGCGUGUGCCGUUGUCUAUUCUCCAGACAGCAAUGAGCCUGUCUUUUGGCCAUCUAGACCAGAGGUGGAGCAACUCCUUGUGCGGUACCAAAGCUUCUCCCAAGUGGAGAGAAGCCGAAAGAUGGUUAACCAUGAAGGCUACCUCAAGGAGCAGAUCAACAAGUUAAUCGGGCAGAAGAAAAAGCUUGUGGCGAAAAACAAGGAGUUAGAGAACACCUACCUCAUGCAACAACUUUAUCUGUCCGGUAAAACCACUAGUGAAUUUGCUAAUGAUGAGAUGUGUAGUUUAUUCUACUAUGUAAGUGAAAAGAAUAAAGAAAUUGAAAGAAGGAUUGAACUUCUCGGACGAACUGACGGUGCACCGCAAUCUGGAGGUGCUCCAUCGGUAAUCGAAGGCCCGGUGGUUGAGGAGGAAAUGAUCCUAGAGGCUAAAGAAGGAGGCGGCGGCAAUGACAAUAAUGGCAAUAUGGGUGAUGCAUCUUCUUCAUUGGAUCAAUGGUUCUUAGAUAUGAUGAAGACUGGAAAUGCUGGUAGCGGCAGUGGUAGCAAAAAGGACAAAUGGUACCCUUUGGCAUGUUGGACAGGUAGCGCCGGUACAUCUAAUCAAGCCAUUUCCUUCAAUUUUCCAGAAGAGAAUGUUGGCGUUGGAAGUGGCAUUUGGGCCAAUGGUAUAGGCCCUGUUAAUGGAGAUGCUGGAGGCAGUAGUGUGAAUAAUAUUGUGUUGUCUCAGGGGCUUAGUCGAGUCGUUCCAGGGAGAGGUACUUUGGUGACUUAUGGGCAUGUUGGAGGUAGUGCGGGCAAUAAUGCUGCAACACCAUAUCAAGGGUAUGUAGGAGACAUGAACGGUGGAUCUGGAAUGAUAUGCCCUAAUGGAGAUGCUGGAGGCAGUGGCGGCGAUGGCGCAACUGGAUAUGGAGUGAGGUUGUUUAACCAGCAGAAUGCUGGAGGUAGUAGUGGUGGAAAUGGUGAGGUGUUUCUUCGAGGAGGUAUAUACGGAGUCAAUAGCAACACUGGUUAUGGCAUGAGGCAACACAAAGAGAAUCCUGGAGCCAUGACUAAUGGUCAUGGCGUGGUGCUUCCUCUUACUAAUAAUGAUCAUGGGGGUGGUAAUGGAGGUUGUGGGAUAGGGGUGAAUCAAAGGAAUGCUGUAGUCAUCGCCAAUGGACAUGAAAUGUCAUCGACUUAUGGAGAUCUUAUUGUUAGCAACGGAUAUGGUAUUGUUGUUCCUCCUCUGGUGGCGCCCACUAUUGCAAAUGCUGGCGGUGGCAAUGUCGAAUUGGAGAUGGGCAUGUGUCAAGGCAAUUUUGGUGCUAUCAACAAUGGAAACAACAAGGCAAGUGAUAAUGGGCCUUUUGAAGGGGGCAAUGGUGGAUAUAGGGCAAUGGUCCCCCUGGGAAAUUUGGUAGGCAAUAUUGGUGGAAAUGAGGUGUGAUGUCGCAUGAAAAUGCUGUAGUCGAUGCUAAUGGGAGUGGUGGAAAUAAUGUUGGCUUGAAGUAACAUCCUGACAGCAAGUGGCCCAACUUUUACUGAAUUAUCUCAUUGUUUUUGUUUUGAAUAAUCGAGGGGAAUUCUGAAUUGGAUUCAACCAACGUGAAUUUUCUGCGUCUUAGUUGUAGGGUUGUGAAUGUAGUAGUGUCUAGGUUAGAAUUUUACCUACCCUAAGGUUUCAAGUAUUUUCUCCUAAUUUCCUUUGCUGGUAUGUUGUUUCUGCUUUCUUAAUUGCGGCAUGGCUGGUAUAUGAUGAUAGACUCAAUAUUUAUUAUUGUACCAAUAACUUGGCAAGUGUAAUGCAGCAUAAUCUGUUCUUCUUUGGGAUAUCUGAUAAUGUGAAAAAUCAUCACGAACAAUCCUUAAAAUCAUCAAACAUCUAUUCAUCCAUCCAUCCAAAAUUAGUGAAGUGCGAUAAUCUAUGUAGCUGCGUAUUAUUUGAUUUAUUGCUCUUAUUGAUAGGUUGAGAAACAAAAUCUAUAUCAAUUCAUGACCUUACCUUUAUGUGAAUUUGUAAGUUACCAAGAAUGAAUAAAUCCGCCUCCCUUUGGCAAAAAAAAAAAAAAACGAAAGAAAGAAAGAAAAGAAAAGAAAAGAGAACUAAAUAAAGAGUAAAUGCACCUUCCAUUUAUAAUAUAUCAUAUUAGAUGAAUAAGAUAUGAAGAUAAUUCGAAGCGAAAGCACAAUAAAAUGAGAUGAAGGUGCAUGAAAUGGGACUUUGUGGUACUUCUCAAAGUUAGAUCCAUGUAUUUAAUGAGUAGUGCUUUGAAGCACUGACUGGUACUCAUGUUAUCCAGUUGUCUCUUUCUGACCAUUUGGUUUAUAGGCCUGUGAUUCUUUCUCUGGGUAUAGUGUUAUUUGGGUGAAAUGCAAAUGAAGUAGGUCUACAGGUUGAUUGUUUGUAAGAACAUGAAGAAGAUUUUAUGGAAUCUAGAAUGGAAAAUCUCAUAAACCACUUCCCUCUUUAUUAACAAGCAAUCAUGCCUGUGGAAUCCUACAUACUGCGGAAUUUUGUUUAUUUGGAAUUGGACAUCUUGUGGUUUUGUUUUUAGACAUCUCCUCUUUUGAUGCAGAGUUAGACAGACAUCACUGCCCCCCUCACUCUGUUUUUUCCCCCAAAGCUCAAACACACAAGUGAGGAGACUGUUGUAUGUGGAGAUCCUGCAGAUGUGAAAUGUUAUGGACCAUAUUGCAGCAUGAGAAUUCUUGGUUUUCCGUAGUGUGCUAGGGACAAUAUUUAUUUGUGGCAAGUAUAGAAUCUUAUUACUUUUGAAUGAUAGAUCUGUUGUGUCUUUGAAAUGCUGCAAGUUCCAUACUGUUCCAUUUGUAAGUAGAGGCUAUAACUAGUAAUCUGUUUAAGUUAUCGAGGAGAAUAUGGAGCUUCCAUGGAAAUAUGAUAGAAUGCCUAGGGAGGUACAUUGGCUGAUCAAUCUCUAUUCUCGCAGUUGAUCACUUGGAGAUAAUAUGUGUGUUAAGAUGCAUUUUGCUUCUUUUGGUUGGCUUGAGCUAAAAUCUAGCAAUUGGCCAAGCUUAUGGAUCAUUUUCCCUCAUGAACUUAAACAUUGCUCUGGAGAGGCAAUCCUGGUAUUGCAUUGAUUAAGCUCCAGUCUUCCACUUUUUCUUCUUAUAUUUAUGUUACGACUUUGAUGUUGUUGUUGCUCUUUGCUGUUAGGAAGUAGUCAAUGGAUCUUAACUCAAAAAAGUUUAAGGUGUCCCAAUUGUGAUCUUUAGAGCAGGCUCCAUUCUUCCACUUUUUCUUCUUAUAUUUAUGUUACGACUUUGAUGUAGUUGUUGCUCUUUUCUUUUAGGAAGUAGUCAACGGAUCUUUACUUAAAAGAGUUUAAGGUGUCCCAAUUGUGAUCUUUGGGAAACUUUUCAAAGUUUUGGAUACAAAGGGUUGAUGAUUUGUAGACGUUGACCACCAACAGUUUGGAUAGGGAAAUGGCAUGUAUUUACUUAGAGAUUCAUGAAGUUGAAGCUUUCAAUAGUAUUUCUCUGUUUCAUAGCUUGAUAGGAAUAUGUAAUUCAAUAUGAUGAAGGUGUUCACUUGACGAGCUUUGAGUGAUGAUGUUAAUUCUUAGUGAGUACGUUGAGUUAUAACCAAUGGUCAUCGAUGAACGUCACAGAGUCAUCUAGAUGUGAAAUAAGUGUGUAUUGGCCAUAAACAUGCCAAUGAAGGAACGGCAAAAUAUAUUUUCUUAGCUCAUCAGUCAGAAAUUCAUGUCUUUGUGGUAUGAAUCAGUCUCCUCAUCCUCCUUGGGUCCAUGGUUAACCAUGGUUAAUGACAUACUCCUCAAUUUAUUGCUUUCCUCGUAGAAAUAGGUUACUCCAUUUAUUCCUGGUGGUAUUUGAUCAGUAUCUUGAUUGAGUUGGCCAACGACUUUAUUGUUCUACAGUCUUGAAACUAGGCUUGCUGGAGGACAGUCAGAUAUCGUGACGGAAAAUGACUUGGAGCAUCUGUUACAUCUUCUGGAAGGAAA